UAAGAGUCCGAGCAAGAACUGGAGAGCGAGCCGCAAUCAAGACAUUCGCGAUAGGAAGAAAGGAAAUAUCACUGUACAAUGAGAUUCAUAUUGACGCUCUUUUUAGUGACCAUCUCGCUAAGCUUAAGCAGUACAAGAAGUCACCAGCACACAAGCGUAUUAAAUUCCGAUCGAUCAAUCAAUCAUCCAGAUUACACAGAAUCGGACAAAUCCUUGGAUGAUGAAAGAGACAUUAAGCGAGUGCAAAUCUACAAUCAAAUUGGAUUAGACGGUAAAGUACGAAGGAUCCAUUUGGAUUCUAAUGAAGAGGAUAAACCAGGCAUUCGCGCAUAUGGUUUACCGAAAAAACAUUUACAAGAUAACGGUAUUAUUGAGAGAUUGCAGCUUGGAGAAGAUCGCAUAAGAGAUGACAUCUUAAAAAGUGGUCGAUUGGUGGAAGCUUAUGGAAUACCAAAGAAUAAAAUGGAGACUAAUGGCUUUAUAGAAAGAGUACCAUUGUCAAGCAUAAGUCAUCAAGCUGCUAAAUUAGACUCAAGAAAUGAAAAUGUUAGAAUAAGGAGAUCUAUUCGUACGGGAUCCGAGAACAAGGUCGAAAAGAAGGUUACUAGUGAGGCGGAAGAUAUGCAGGCACAAGAUUCUAAGGUUUUUAGACCGCUUUUCGUCCAUAGACAGCAAAUAGCUGCUAGAGAAAGACGCAAGCACGCAAGGAAUGUUUUACAUAGACAUCACAGGCAUACGACACAUCAACCUUGCUAUCAUCAUCGAGUGACCAAUUGAUUUUAUCAUAAUAAGAAUAACGUGAACAUAUAUUCUUCAUUCUACAGAAGCUAAACUAAUUAUAUUUAAUUUAGUACUUAUAUUUAAAU